AUGUCAAUUUUCAUAAUCAGACCUAUCAAUUAUCGAGAUGACUUUUCUGCCUAUAAUGCUGAUAUUGACGUAGAAUAUAAUAGACUAUUUAUUCAUUUUCCAGUAGCAUUUGUUCAUCCUGUAGAUGUAUUAGAUGUUCAAAAUACUAUUAAAUGCAGAACAAACGGUCAUUCUUAUGAAAAUUAUGGACUUGGAGAUAAAGAUUGUUAUUUAGUUAUUGAUGUUGGAGGCUUCAAUAAAGUUACCGUCGAUGUAACUUCACAAACUGCAAUAAUCGGAACAGAAAAUACACUAGAUUCAUAUAUUACGGUGUAUCCCAAUAUGGAUUUGCAUUUCCAGCUGGGUAUGGGAUUUCUUGUUCGAAAAUUUGGAUAUUCAUCAGAUAAUCUUCUUGAUAUACAAAUGGUUUUAGCAAAUGGGACAAUAAUUAACAGUGUUAAGGAACACACGGAACUUUUG